AUGGCCACCGAAGUGCUGAAGAUCAGCGAUGGCACCACCAUGGAAAUCUGCAGACUGCCCGAUGUCGAUGAUCAGACAUGGGCAGAGGUGCGUGCCUACGUCGAGGGCAACCCUGACACCGCGAAAACACUGAAGAGCUUCUCGAAGAAUCCUGAUGCGAUGAGGGGCUGGCUGCAGACCCAGGCCAUCGCAGAGCACUACAGCGCUAAGCUGGCCAAUGGUGACACCCCCGUCCAAGACAAGGUGAAGUCCUUGGAGGCGGAUCCAGAACUGGCCGCGAUCUUCGAGGAUAUCAAGAAGAAUGGCAUGGAAGCUGCCAUGAAGUACUACCAGGAUGAGGAACUCAUGCUGAAGAUCAGCCAGAAGAUGGGCGGUCUCCCAUCCGAGCUCCAGCCAGUUCUGCAGAAGAUCGAGGACACAUCUCUCACGCUGCAUGAGGCUGCCAAGAAGGGCGACCUUGCCGCAGUCCAGCAGUUCCUGGAUAAGAACAAGCCUUUGGAUGCGCAAGAUCACAAGGGCAUCACGCCUUUGGGCUAUGCGAUUGGAGCCAACCGUAUCGCGGUCGUGAAGAAGCUCCUGGACAGCCGGGCCAACCCUUACGCUGUGGACAGCUCCGGCAACAGUGGCCUCCACUAUGCUGCCGGCUACGGCCGAAAGGAGCUCCUGGAGCAGCUGAUGCGAGGAGCCACCGUGGUUUUCGUCACCGCCGGCCUGCCUGGAAAGAGGUUCACUUUUGAGAUCGCAGCGUCCCUGGGCAUCAAGCCAGUGAUCCUGGAACACCCCGACUCUUGGAGCAGGAGCCUCGUCGACGAGGGCCUUGCGGCAAAGUUUAUCCCCGUCGACAUGACGCAGCCUUCGGAGGAUAUCUUCAAUCAGGCGCUAGAGCACAUCAAAAACCUCGGCGAGGACGGUCUGACAGGGACAGCGGAUGGCAUAGCCAGCUUCGUGGAGCUCUCCGUGCCCCUGGCCGCACGCCUUGCGGAGGCGCUGGGCCUGCCAGGCCUGAGGCCGGCAGCCGUCGAUUCAGCGAGAAAUAAGCACGCCACACGAGCUUGCUUGAAGACAGCUGGGCUGCCCACCCCAAGGAAUUUUCUCAUUGACGAUAAGUCAAAGCUCAAGGAGGCUGGCACAGCCGUUGGGUUUCCUGCCGUGUUGAAACCUGUGUCCGGUGCUGCUUCACUUGGAGUAAAGAAGGUAACAAACUCCGUGGAGAUGGAGAAGUGUUACAAGGAGAUUGUGGACGAAUUGUCUACGUUGGUCGUCUCUUCAGGAGCGCUGGUGCAAGGCAGCCCUGACAACGCUGGGCUCAACGCGCAGGAGUCGGGCGUCGACCUGACCGUGUUGAUGGAGCAGUUCCUGGACGGUCCAGAGGUCGACGUGGAUGUCGUGAUGUCGGAAGGACGCCUCACGGAAGCGAAGCGGUGUCAAUUGGAUUUGCUGCGUCCAGGACUUUCGACCUUGGCCAUGUCGGAGACCUCCGCAAGGGCCGACUUGAACACCGCUUUGGUUGCCUACAGCAUCCUGUACGCCUGUUUGGUGCUGGUUGGUGGCAUCAUUGGAUUUGUUAAGGCGAAGAGCAAAGCCUCUUUGAUUGCAAGCACAAUUGUGAGUCUGGUUCUGGUCGCCAUUGUCUACGCGACAGUCCAGGUGAACGCGUUCUACGGCGGCUGUGUCAUGUGCGUCUUUAGCCUUGUGCUGGUUCGAAUGUUCUUCCAAAAGUUCAACAAAUCCGGAGAGGAGAAACUGAACGAGCCUUUGACUGGCGAUGGAUCUCAGAAGAAGUUUAUGCCGUUUGGACUCCUGACGGUGUUGACACUUGGCAGCUCCAGAGGUCAGGUCUCGCCAGGGAGUUGUCACAGUCUGUGGCCAGGUGAGUACGUCUAUGCUUGUGUUGCAGACAACGGCCCGACGCUGGAGCCGUAUUUCAACGAGACAUGGGCAUGCUGCCCCUCCCUCUUGCCCAAGGACCAACAGGUGGCACUGAGAGACCUGGGUGUGCAAUGCAUCAAAGCUCUUGGAUUUACCUGUGGAGUAUUCCAUGUUGAGUUGAAGUACACCUCCCAUGGCCCACAGCUGAUCGAGGUCAAUGCCCGAAUGGGAGGAGGACAGGUUCACGAAUGCAAUCGCUUGACCUGGGGCGUUGACCUGGUAGAGGAAACGAUGCUUUGUGCACUGGGAAUCCCAUCCCGGCCUUGCGUUCCGCGAGAGCCCGUAUCUGGCACAGCCUACUGCUACGUAAAUGCAAUGAAGUCCGGCACCGUCACCGACAUCAGUAAACUGGAGGAACUCCGAAAGCGAGACAACGUCGUGUGGGCCAAGCCGCUAACACGCGUGGGCGCAAAGGCAGUGGGUCCUGCAGAUGGACUGCCAACAUGGUUGUGUGACCUCUUCGUGCAAGGCAAGACAGCGAAGGAUGCCCUGGCUUACCUGCAGGCCAUAGAGAAGGAGAACCCCGUGCUCGUAGCAUGA